AUGGCGUUGGCACCGGUCUUGAAGAAUGUCAUCCAGGAGCUUGAGGCGAAGUUGGAGCAGGUGGAGGCUAACAUCUACAACGAGCAAGCGAGCUCUCGCAAGGACCUGGCGCUGUUUGCUUGGAAAACCGCCCGCGUUCUGAGGAACCUCAUCAAGCCAGAGGAUUCUGAGGAUCGGGGGAUGCUCUGGCACGAGUGCAAGGGUGCCUUGAAGGACGUCUUGUACAUUGAGAAGUUCAAUCCCCACGUCUUCAUGGAGUUUCAGGUACGUGAUGUUUUGGAGAAGGACAUUGCCAAAAUGAUGAAGAUGCUGCUUGAUUACCUGCGAAGGCGACAGUCUGGGAAGGCCAAGGCCCCCGAGCUGAUGGUAGAGGUUCGACCAAAGAAGGCUGCUAAGCUGGAGGAGGAGCCCAAAGAGUCCCAAGAAGAGGAGGAGGCCACGGACAGCCGCGGUUGGCAAAGAAAGGGACGGCGCUGGAAUGGUCCAAACUGGUGGGAGAACUCGCUGGACGACCAGUAUCUGUCGCAGGGCGCCAUAGGCCUCGAGGACAGUGACCCAGAAGAAGAGUGUCCGGACAAGGCAGAGUUUGGCAGCUGCGCAUAUGGCCAGCAGUGCGGCUUCUGCCACAGGUGA